GCACCGGAUGGUAUUAAAUACAUUAAGCUUCAAAGAAAGAGAAAAGAUAAAGGAGUGGCGUUUUAAGAAGGGAAUGCUGGGAACGGUGAGGUAUCUGCUGGGCUCGGCCGGACCCAGCGGCUACGGGUCCAAGUCGACGGCGGAGGACGUCACAGAAGCUUGCCCGGACCUCCGCUCUAUUACUGCCGUCAUCACCGGGGCGACGUCGGGGAUCGGGGCGGAGACGGCGAGGGUGCUGGCGAAGCGCGGGGCGAGGCUGGUGCUGCCGGCGAGGAGCCUCAAGGCGGCGGAGGAGGCCAAGGCUCGGAUUGUUGCUGAGUGCCCCGAUGCAGAGAUCAUCGUCCUCCCUCUCGACCUCAGCUCGCUCUCCUCCGUUCGAUGCUUCGUCUCACGCUUCCUCGCCCUCCAACUCCCUCUCAACCUCCUCAUAAAUAAUGCGGGAAAGUAUUCCUACAAGUUUGCAAUAUCGGAGGAUGGGAUCGAGAUGACCUUUGCCACCAACUAUUUAGGGCAUUUUUUGUUGACGAAGCUGCUGAUGGAAAAGAUGGUGGAGACGGCGAUGGUGACGGGAAUCGAUGGCCGCAUCGUGAACGUGUCGUCCACCAUCCACAGCUGGGUCGCUUCCGGUGACUGCCUCCGUUAUCUCGAUCUCGUCACCCGCAAGAAGAUCCCAUACAAUGCAACGAGAGCCUACGCUUUCUCCAAGCUCGCCAACGUCCUCCACACUAAAGAACUCGCCGAACGAUUAAAGAAAAUGGAAGCUAACGUGACGGCGAACGCCGUCCAUCCUGGCAUCGUCAGAACUCGGCUCACCCGUGACCACGACGGCUUCAUCGCCGAUCUGCUGUUCUUCCUCGCCUCCAAGCUUCUCAAAACCAUCCCCCAGGCUGCAGCGACGACGUGCUACGUAGCGACGCACCCGGGGAUGGCGGGGGUGACGGGGAAGUACUUCGCAGACUGCAACGAGGCGACGUCGUCGAAGUUGGCAUCCAACGGCGACGAGGCGUCGCAUCUGUGGCGCUGGUCGGAAGCCAUGACGGCCGAGAAGCCGCCGAAAGAUAUUGGCUCGGAUCGUCCGACACGACACGAGCAACGAUGUGACGCAUCGGGGACAAAAAGAAGGAUGGUGAGGCACACAGAGAUAUAAAGGCCAUCGUAGUAGUAGUAGUAGGCCUGGAGAAGGUUCUGAAGGCCUCGUUGGGUUGGAGACAGCGAAGGGACAGGAGCAGAUAAAUGCUCUGAGGAACUAAAAGCUUUUUGGUACCAAAAUCUUCAGGCUUUUGCCAGAGAUUUGGGGCAUGUCGGACUCCGUACGUGUAAUAGGCUUAACCAGUAACUUCCCCGUCUCUCUCUCUCUCUCUCUCAGGCUAAACAUAAAUAUAUUACUAUUACUAUAGUAAAGGAAUACAUAAGCUUAUAUAAAGGGUAGGCAAAUAUAUACAGUGUUUGGUAGUUGGAAGCAAUGUAUAGUUGUGGAGAAGGUGUUCUUUGUAAUUGCAUCCAUGAUAGCGUACUACCAUGUGUGGUGGUUUUAUUUUUCUCUUUUUUUCCACUAUUUUAGGUUAAGAGAGAUGCACGCUGUGGGGACCGGAUCUAGGCUAGGAUCUAGCUAGGUCCACACGGUCUACUUGUUUGAUUUAUUUUUAGUUAUUGAUGUAAGUGGAAUAUUUCUUAGACUUGAUGUGGAGAGACAUAAAAAAUGAAGACUUGGUCAUGCUUCAAAUCAUGGCAGCAGAAAAAUGGUAGUAUCUGAUCAACUCCGGUAUCAGGCAAAACGGAUCGGAGGAUAAGGUAAGGGAGGGAACAUAAGAAAAUAGAAAAGAUUAGAGUAAUGCAGCAGGAGACCCACUCAGGCCUACUUUAACUAAGUUAUUUCAUUAAAGAGGAUGUGUAUGUUAUGUUGAUAACUUGGAGAUGGAGAAUAAAUCCUUGUGUGAUUUUCGUUAGAUUGGUGAUCACCCAAGGAUGGUUGAGGAUACGAACUUUCUUGAAAAGAAAUAAAGAGGAAAAAUGGAUGGUAGUAUGAAUAAUGUGGUUGUGGUGAUGGAAAGAAAUAAUGGUUUGAGAUCUAAUUUUGUGUAUUUAGAGACUAUCAAUAGUAAUGUAUGAAGAGAUAUAUUCCUUCACCAUCAUAUCUCUACAUUAAUAGCUACUUAUGAAGAGGUGCAUCCUUCAACCAUUAUAUUUUUCUACAUUGGUUUUCUAUCUCA